ACACUGUUCAAUUUCCCCUUCACGGCAAGCCGACGAGUCCGAUUGUUCAGAAUGCCGUCGUUUAAUCAUCCCUAGCUUCUGUUGAUUAAUCGUUACUGAGCAAAAAGAAGGAUAGAAUGGAGAUGGAGGGCGUUUUUGCUGAAGGUGUUGAUGGUUAUUUUGUACCCGAGAGUCCCAUUUCGGAUAAUCAGCAGGUGAACGUUGGGAGUCAUACUGAAGCUGUGGGGCUCUCAGGUUGUAUUAAGAGUUUCAGCAGUGAAAGUGAAGGUGAAAUUGUGCUUGAUUCAGAAGAUGAAGGAAUGCAUGGAAAUGAAGGCAUUCAUGCUGAAGCAAUGACAAGAGGAAGGUGUGUGGGGAAGAGAAGAUAUGCUCCUGGCUAUCAUUCGUGCAAAGGAUACCUUAGGAAGAAGAAGAAUCCUUUGUGGGCUAUUAAUGAAUGCUUAGAUGUUGAAGAAACCCGGCAAGAUUUGCAGUGCAGCGAAAUGCCCAAGAAUUUGGGUAGAAUCAGUCGGAACGGUUGUAAAGACGCUUCAGCAAGAGAUGAUGAUGAUCUUAACCAUCUUCUCAUGUGUAAGUACGUUGAAUCUCAAGAACCAGAACGCUCUUCAGAAGAAAACGCGCUGAAAGUUGUGGACCUUUACCUAUUGAACAAUGAUCCAAAUGCAUUUCCCCUCGUUGAAACUGGAGCGAAGGGUAGUUCAGUGUCACCCCGAAUUUCACACCCAAACGGACCUCAAACUUUGGCAAGGAUAAAGAAUCAGACACGCCUUGAUAAGAAGCUAGAAGUCUUUGACUGGUCUGGAAAUUCAAGUGGCGAUGAAGAAACUUCUUCCUUAAACAGAAGGAAAAUCAACUUAGACUUGGAGUGCAACAUUGAUGGACUCUGUGAUGGUGUUCUAGCAGUUCAGAAGCCAAAAGCCGUAGGUAAUGUUUUCCAAUUGAAUUACGGGGAAGGAAGAUCAAGUUCAAAUAAAAUGGAGAUCUCAAAGUUUCAAGCCUUGGAUACUAGUUUUCAGGAUGAGUUGCAUAAAGAUGAACAGGAUCAAUUGAAUGUAGCAUCCACAUAUGACUACGAGGUUGGCUUUGACACCCAAGUGGCAGCCGAGGCUAUGGAAGCCUUGUCUUAUGCCCUUCCUCUAAAUUUGGAUCCUUUUUGUAAACAUAAGGGUACUAAAAAAGAAACCCAGAUGACUGAAUUAAUCCCCCCUGCAGAAUCAGUCUCAAGUGGAAAUCAUAUUGAACAAUAUGACUUCAAGGGUAGCAAGCAUGGGAGACGACUCUCUAGAACAUUCCUUACUAAAGAGCUUGCUAAAUUAGGGCAUAGAGAGUCACUACCUGAUUUCAUGCCGAGAAAUUCGAGGAGAAAGGGUCAUACAAAUGUCAAGGUCUUGCUCAGCCAGGGUUUGGAUAAGAGAACAAUUAAACGCCAGAAAAAGAUUGUGGCACGGCUUGGCUUUUCCGUGGCAUCUUGCUGUUCAGAUGCUUCACACUUCGUAGCUGAUAAAUUUCUGAGAACAAAGAAUAUGUUGGAAGCAAUGGCCAUUGGAAUACCUGUGGUUACACAUUUGUGGCUUGAGAGUUGUGGGCAAGCGAACUCUUUUAUUAAUGAGAAGAUGUUCAUAUUGAGGGAUUAUAAAAAGGAAAGAGAAAUUGGUUUCAGCAUGCCUGACUCUCUUGCCUUUUCUCGCCAGCAUCCACUCCUGAGAGAUCAUAAAGUGUUUAUUACCCCAAACGUGAAGCCCAGUAGAUGCACGAUUCAAAGCUUGGUCACUGCAGUUCAAGGCCAGGAAGUGGCUGAAACCAAAGAUGUAACUACUCAAGGAGGGACAUUAGUUCUUUCAUCUGAAGAAGAUUUUGCAGCUUGUGCACCAUUUCUAAAGAAAGGAAUUGCAGUUUACAGUUCAGAGCUUUUGCUUAACGGGAUUGUUACUCAGAAACUUGAAUACGAAAGAUAUAGGCUGUUCAAUAAUCAUGUUAAGGAAGACUGCCCAAUCUCCCAUGCAAACUAACCUGGAGAUCAAGUCUGUAUACUACAUGCAAUAUAAGGCGCUGGUAAAU